AAGCAAAUCGUCGAGUAGUCGUUUUCUCGUCUCGUUUCUUCCACUUUUCUUUCAUCCAACCUCAAAUCUCUUCAAAUUAUGACAAAAAGUUUCGAACUUUCGGAGAUUCGAAACUAAACUAAACCCAUUUCAGAGAAGCGUCCAUUGGUCGGAGAAGGACGAGCUUGAGAACCAAUCAUGGUGUCUGAUGAUGCAUCAUCAUUAUCUUCAACAAAACCAAAGGCUGCUGCUCCAUUAGAAGAAGAGCAAGAACAACCAAGUCAGUCGACGGCUCUUCUCCUUCCAGGUUCCUCUGAAUCUUCCGCUGAUCAUCCGAACAGAUUCUCCAAUGGCGUAAUCUUCGCCGCUCUGGUUCUCGUCUCAUGCCUCGCCCUUUCAGCUGCUUCUGCCUUCGCUUUCCUCUUCUUUUCUUCUCAGAAAGCCGGAUUUCCCCUGAACCAUGUCUCGAAAUCUCCAGAUUUUGUCGGAUCCGUUGCACGUCCCCUGAAGAAACUCGGGAAACCCGUGGUUCUGUUGAUUUCCUCAGAUGGGUUUCGAUUCGGGUACCAAUUCAAGACCGAAACCCCUAAUAUCCACCGAUUGAUCUCCAAUGGGACCGAAGCCGAGACGGGUCUGAUUCCAGUUUUCCCCACGUUAACAUUCCCUAACCAUUACUCCAUUGUCACAGGACUUUACCCAGUUUACCAUGGAAUCGUGAACAACCGAUUUGUGGAUCCGAUCACAGGGAAGACGUUCACGAUGGCUAGCCACGAACCGGAGUGGUGGCUCGGCGAACCGUUGUGGGAGACAGUGGUGAAUCAGGGCUUGAAGGCUGCAACCUACUUCUGGCCUGGUUCCGAGGUACACAAAGGUUCCUGGAACUGUCCUAAAGAUUUCUGUCAGCAUUACAAUGGUUCUGUUCCAUUUGAUGAUAGGGUUGAUACUAUCUUGAGCUACUUCGAUCUGCCUGAUAGCGAGAUGCCGAGUUUCAUGACAUUGUACUUUGAGGAUCCUGAUCAUCAGGGUCACCAGGUUGGUCCUGAUGAUCCUCAGAUCACAGAAGCCGUUGCCAACAUCGAUAGAUUGAUCGGAAGGUUGAUUGAUGGGUUGGAAAAGAGAGAGAUUUUCGAGGAUGUAACCAUGAUUUUGGUUGGUGACCAUGGAAUGGUGGGAACUUGCGAUAAAAAACUGAUCUUUCUUGACGAUUUAGCUCCUUGGAUCAAGAUUCCGAGUAGCUGGGUUCAAUAUUCUACUCCUUUGCUAGCAAUUAAACCUCCUCCGGGCCACGAUCUAGCCAAUGUUGUAGCUAAGAUAAACGAAGGGUUGAACUCGGGUAAGGUCGAGAAUGGAAAGUACUUGAAGGUUUAUCUGAAGGAGGAUCUACCAAGCAGGCUGCAAUACGCAGACAAUUACCGAAUCCCGCCCAUCAUAGGACUAGUGGACGAGGGCUUCAAGGUGGAGCAGAAGCGGAAUCAAGGAAAGGAAUGCGGAGGAGCUCACGGGUAUGACAACGCAUUCUUCUCGAUGAGAACCAUAUUUGUUGGGCAUGGACCUCGGUUUGUUGGCGGAAGAAAAGUUCCAUCUUUUCUGAAUGUCGAGAUAUACAAUCUGGUGGCUUCGAUUCUCGGGAUUCAGGGGGCACCCAAUAACGGGUCUGAUGAGUUUCCAGCUCGAGUUCUCUUGCCAGUCGCCUAGCGAAUUGCGGGUAGCUAUUAGAUCUGGCCAUUAUUGGCUCGGGUUCGGGGCAUUUGCUUGUGUUAAAUAAGUCUUUGUAGCCAUUGAUCAGAACAAUUACGUUUUGUGAAAUGUGAUUCAUGUUUUCAGGAAAGACAAAACCAGUUUGGAGGGGAUUUCGAAACACGAGAACUUGUUCUUUAGCUUUUGAUUAUGGUAAUGAGAUUGUGGUUAAAGGAUGA